GUGGUGCUACCGGCCACCCCCCCCUCCGCCAAGGCUCCACCUCUCCCUCCCCGCAGCCUCGCGCUUGCGGCUUUCCGAGCACCCUUUGCGGGACUGAGACGGUUCUCGCAGGCCCAAUCCCGACUUUUGGCGGUUCAACGGGCCCCAGAACCCUGCCUUGACUCCCAAGCCUCCCCCCCGAUCGGCGUCUGGGCGACAAGCGGCAGCAGUAUGCAGACAGCGGCCCUGAUGCAGCAGGCCCAGAGUCUCAGCAGCAGAGCGGCGCUGCGAUCGACGGCCCCCCAGCACCACAAGCUGGCAGCUCGCCCUGCGACUCGUGGGCCGCUGCCGGUGCGCGCUGAGAUUGGGGAGACACCCCUGGAUGUGCUACGCAAGGAGAACGAGCUGCUGAAGCAGACCAUCUCGUCGGCAGAGGUCGCAGUGAGUAAUUUGGAGACGCAGCUGACCUCUGCAGGGGUGGAGGUGCCGCCGAUGCCCAUGGACCGCUUUGCUGGCGGCGGCGCCUUGGCUGGUAUCACACCUGAGGACUUUUGGUCACCAGCCGUCACAGUACCCGAGGGCCAGGCCUGGGUGGAGCAGUACGGCCUGCCUUCCCCCAUCCCCGACCACGAUGGCACCGAGUGCCUCAAGUGGGACCCCUCCCUGUGGAGCCAUGCAGACCACUUCAAGUACCGCUGGCACGUGUUCAAGUCCAUCCGCUCCGCCAUUGAGCAGAACGAGGGAGGCAUGGAGCAGUUCACCCAGGGCUACAAGUUCUACGGGCUGAACCGCGGCGAGCAUGAGGGCAAGAAGGGCAUCUGGUACCGCGAGUGGGCCCCCGGCGCCAAGGCUGUGGCGCUGAUUGGAGAGUUUAACAACUGGGAGCCCAAGACGGAGCACUGGGCGCUGAAGAACGACUUUGGCGUGUGGAACCUGUUUCUGCCUGACGCCCCCGACGGCACCCCCGCCAUCAAGCACCGCACCAAGAUCAAGACGCGGCUGGAGACUGGGUAUGGCGAGUGGGUGGAGCGCAUCCCCGCCUGGAUCAAGUGGGCCACGCAGGAAUGGAACGAGAUCCAGUUCAACGGUGUGUACUACGAGCCGCCUGGUGGGCCCGGCCUGCCCGGAGUUAUUGAGGAGGACAAGAAGUACACCUUCAAGUACCCCCGUCCCCCCAGGUGCACCACACACACACACACACACACACACACACACAUGCACAUGCGCCACACACGCACACACACGCACUCUCUCUCUCUCUCUCUCUCACACACACACACACACACACACACACACAUGCGCCACGUCCACACACACACAAGUAUCCCGCCGCAGGAGCACGCCUACUACGGCUCCUUUGGCUACCACGUCACCAACUUCUUCGGCGUCUCCUCCCGCUGCGGCACCCCCGACGAGCUCAAGGCAAUGAUCGAUGAGGCGCACAGGCUGGGCCUGGUGGUGCUCAUGGACAUUGUGCACUCCCACGCCUCCAAGAACACCAUGGACGGCAUCAACAUGUUUGACGGUACCGAUGCCAUGUAUUUCCACGGCGGCGGCCGCGGCUACCACUGGAUGUGGGAUUCCCGCUGCUUCAACUAUGGCAACUGGGAGACAAUGCGCUUCCUGCUGUCCAAUGCUCGCUGGUGGAUUGACGAGUACAAGUUUGACGGGUACCGCUUUGAUGGCGUCACCUCCAUGAUGUACCACCACCACGGCCUGCAGACCACCUUCACCGGCAACUACGACGAGUACUUUGGCAUGGCCACCGACGUGGAUGCGGUGGUUUACCUCAUGCUGGUCAACAAUGUCAUCCACGACUUCUUCCCCACCGCCAUCACAAUCGGGGAGGAUGUGUCGGGCAUGCCCACCUUCUGCCGGCCCUGGCAGGAGGGCGGCGUGGGCUUUGACUACCGCCUCAACAUGGCCAUUGCCGACAAGUGGAUUGAGAUUCUGAGCGAGAGCGACGACUGGGGCUGGAACAUGGGCAACCUGGUGCACACAAUGACCAACCGGCGGUACAUGGAGCCCUGCGUGGGCUAUGCGGAGAGCCACGACCAGGCCCUGGUGGGCGACAAGACCAUCGCCUUCUGGCUCAUGGAUGCCGCCAUGUACGACUCAAUGGGCGCCGACGGCCCCAGCAACCCCGUGGUGGACCGCGGCAUCGCGCUGCACAAGAUGAUCCGGCUCAUCACGAUGUGCCUAGGAGGCGAGUCGUACCUCAACUUCAUGGGCAACGAGUUUGGCCACCCCGAGUGGAUCGACUUCCCGCGGGACGACACCUACGACACCUCCACCGGCGAGUUCAUCCCCGGCAACGGCGGCUCCCUGGAGAAGUGCAGGCGGCGGUGGGACCUGGCGGAUGCGGACUUCCUGAAGUACAAGUACAUGAACAGCUUUGACAUCGCCAUGAACCACCUGGACAAGGCCUUUGGCUUUGUCUCCGCCCCCCACACCUGGACCUCCCGCAAGGACGAGGCCGACAAGAUUGUGGUGGUGGAGCGCGGCGACCUGGUGUUUGUGUUCAACUUCCACCCCACGCAAUCCUACACCGACUACCGGGUGGGCGCCUACAAGAGCGGCUCCUACAAGGUGGUCCUGUCCAGUGACGAGCAGGUGUUUGGCGGGUGGCAGAACGUGACCAAGAACUCCAACGUCGAGUUCCACGCGCAGCAGGGAGACCACGACAACCGCCCAUACUCCAUCCAGGUGUACGCGCCGUCCCGCACCGUUGUGGUGUAUGCCCCCGCCGAGUUCUGCGACCCCCAGGCGGACAGCAAGCCCAUGGGCAUCCCAGGGCUGGGCGUGAAGGACAUCGGCCCAUACUACGCAUACUGAGCUGGCGCCCGCUGCUGAGCUGGCGUCCGCCACGUGGCGCCGCCGCCGAGCCAGCCCCUGUACUCUCCUCUGUCGGCCGCCUCGGCGCGCCAUGACUUGCGUGCCGCCGCCUUUACUGCUGCCCUAUACCCGGCGGGCGGGCGGCGGCCCUGUGCAUACCCUCCUGCCCCUCUGUGUCCCCUCCGUGUCCCUACCAGUAUCCCAUCCCUUGAUGUCUCCUGUCUGUGCCCUCGCAUGCGUGCCUGUGUCUGCGUUUGUCUGAGGAAAGCACAGCAAACCGCGGCCCCCCCGGACCCCCGCAUGCAUCCUUCUGGGGACAAGCGGCGGCGUGGGGGUGCGCCGGUCUCUCCCUGCGUGCAUUUCUGAAACACAUGACCCGACACCCAGCCCUUCCCCCAUCUUUUUUCCACCCUUCCACCGCUCUGGCACGCUAGCAUGGCGCCAGCCCCGGUCCAGCUCAUGACCCUAGUCCGGCACAUGCCCAUUCAUUCCUACGCAUGCCCGCAGGCCUCAUGGGCCCCCCAUGAGACCCGCUCUCUUCACUGCUCUCUUUUGAUGCUUCGCCACCCCGUUGCUCUUGCCGGGCGCAGGCGCCAGGCUGCACCGGCGGCACCCGCCCCUGCCGCGCCCGCCUCGGGCGCCCUAUGAGUGAUCCUUGCCUUCCCCCUUUGUUGCGUUGCGCGUGGCUAGCAGGCACUGCUUUACUCUGCGUCCGCUUUUGGGUUCGCUCCGCUGCCUCCAGAUUGGACGGCACACCACAUUACCAUUCGCUGUAAUACCUCAAUGCAAGC